AAGCCAGUCCGCUUCACAAGUUCACUACCUGCAUGCCGUUUGCUGAAGUCUUUUGCCGCGAAGCGUGCCACCAACUUGCCACACGCGUAUCAUGGCUGAGGGUGCAGACGCGCCUAUAAUGUCUCUGGCAGAACUACCGGACGAUGUAUUAGCCAAGGUUUUGCACCGCCUCAAAGGCCCGCGCGAAAUCAUCACCCUCGCAUUAUCGUGUCGCCGUCUCCGAGCAGUUUGCUGCGAUGAAUCACGCGUUUGGGCGCCGUUGUGUGCCCAGUACUGGUCUCACGUCGGCCCGGAGCAUUGGCUCUCUCUCCCGCCUCACAACGGCUCUGGUCCGAGCGCGGUGUUUCAGGGCGACGACGACAGCGCGGACGAUGCGGACGAUGAGCCCGCAACCACCUAUCGCCAAGUCUUCGCCACCCUGCGGCGCAUGCAGCCCCUCAUGGGCCUGUGGCGUGGCGUUGGGGACGCGCCCUACGGCUCCGUCUUCCGCAUCUCCUGGUCUGCGCCUACGGCCUUCCGCCACACCGGCAGUGCGCCGCUAGCCGCCGCGGCGCCCGCGCCCGGCGACGAAGAGCCGGGCACGCCCAGCGCCGGCGCCAGCCGCAGAACCAGUGGCACGGGUGGCGCUACUGGUGCUGCUGGUGCUGGCAGGGUUGGGGGCGGGGGCGGCGGGCAUGUGGAGGUGGUGGCGCUGCGUGGAGGUAAGGGGCUGACGGAGUUGGCUCAGGAGGUGACGGCGCGGGUGGGGCCCAGCGGCACGGCCGGCGUCAGCCUGCAGCUGGUGGACGAGUCGCUCGCCAUCCUCAAGGACAAGCCGUGGCGCCGUAUGGGGGGCCCAGGAGGGGCUGGUGGGCCCUCAGCAGCAGCACUGGCGGCGGCAGCAGUGGCGACAGGAACGCACGCGCUGUCGAUACGCGACCGCAGCGGCACCUCGCCCGCCGCGGCCGGCAGCAGCGGUGGCGGCGUCAUGGCGGAACACCCGCUGGGGCUGCUGGGCGCCAGCCCGCCCAAAUCAUUUGGGUACGAGAUGCUCCGCUUCAUGGCGGGCAGCGUGGCGGGCAGCAGGUCCAGCGGCCGCAAGAAGGACAAGCGAGGCGUCAGCGGGGGCAUGGGCGGCGGCGGCGGCGGCGGGCCGGCCGGCGGCGGCGUGCGGCGGCAGGCGGCAAUCUUGCAGCACCUGGUGCGGCUCAAGGUGGCGGCGCCCAGCAGGCAGCGGCCCAUGAGCGGCGUGUGGUCGGGUGUGUACGGCCCCCACGGCGUGGAGGUGGUGUCACUGGGGUACGAGGGCACAGGCAGCCGGGCGCGGCUGGUCGCCACCAAGGUCACAGGCGACCCGAACGUGCCUGCGGGCCAGGUGUCAUUUUGGGCCGAGUGUGAGCCGCUGCCGCAGCCGUGGCCGCUGAGCGAGGUGGAGCUCAUAACCAACAGGCCCUUCUUCACAUCCAACCCGGGGCUGGAGCUUGCCAAUGCAGUGGCGGCAGCGAUGGCUGAGGCCGAGGCGGCGGCGGCAGCGGCAGCAGCCGGCACAGCUGCGCCCGCAGUGGCGCCACCCGGCGUGGUAGCAGUGCCUCCCGGAUUGCUGGUGGCGCCUGCAGGCAUGCAGGUGGCGCCUCCCAUGUGGGCUAUGCCGGGCGCGGCCGCAGCGGCUGGGCAGGCGGCGGCGGCGGCGGCGGCGGCCCAACCAGCACCUCUUGCGGUGCACCCACCACCACAGCCGGAUGCAGGCAUGGGCGCAGGAGUCGGCGCGCUAGACCCGCAGGCUGCCAUUCAGGCACAGCUGGCCGCGACCGCGGCCGCGGCGGCGGCGGCGGAGCCGGCUGACCUGUGGGCGCUCCUUCGGCCGCCGCCUCCGCCGCCUGGCAUGCCGGCGGCUAGCAUGUCUCGAACUGGGUCAACAACUGCUGUCGGGCUGGCGGGGAUGGGGGGCCAGGAGGCAGUGGCGCCGGCCACUGAGGUCGUGGCCGGGGUGGCAGGCGCCCAAGAGGCGCCUGCAGGGACGGGGGCGGCGGCAACGCGCCGCACACCGCUGCGUGUGGUCGCCAUCUACAAGGGCCAGGGCCGAGUCGCUGGCGCAGGCUUCUCCAACCCGGCCUGGAUCGACGGGCGGCUGUGGGUGUACGACAAUGGGCGCAUUGGGUUUUUGUGGCAGGGGGAUUUUGACUUCAUAGUGGACCUGGAGCGCCUGAGUGCGACCGUGUGCGGGCUGGACCUGUCCGGUAGCACGCGGGCGUGAGGCAGCGCGUCUGGCAGCGCUG